AUGGCAGCGAAAAUCUCUCAGCUUGCUUGUUUCUCCUCCACCAAUCGCCAAUUUCACUUCCAGAGCCGAUCGUUUCCUUGCCUUCGGUUUCGUCCCGAGUCUUUUGUGGUUAGAAGCGUUGAUGGCAAUACCUCAGAGACGCCAGCUUCUCUAAGCUAUACAGCUGAGGUUUCGAAACCUUUUGUUGAGAAAACACCGAGACCGUAUUCAACUGUGGAUGAAGCUGCUACCAGUAAAGAGAUCAUCACAGAGCCAAAAAGAGCAGCAAAGAUCCACGACUUCUGUUUCGGCAUUCCUUAUGGUGGUCUCGUUAUGAGUGGAGGGCUUCUUGGAUUUGCGUUUUCUCGAAAUCUUACAAGUUUAAGUACUGGUGUCCUCUAUGGUGGUGGCCUUCUAGCUCUUAGUACAUUGAGCCUAAAGAUUUGGCGACAGGGAAAAUCUAGUUUCCCUUAUAUACUAGGCCAAGCAGUGCUUUCAGCUGUCGUCUUCUGGAAGAACUUCACAGCUUAUUCUAUGACUAAGAAGCUGUUUCCUGCAGGGGUUUUUGCUUUCGUCAGUGCUGCCAUGUUGUGUUUCUAUUCAUACGUGGUGCUCUCUGGAGGAAACCCACCUCCAAAGAAAUCCAAACCAUCUGCUAGUCCUUCAUACUGA